AUGUAUUUGGAUUUGACAUACAUAUCCCACUGUACUACUAUGGUCAUUAUGGAGGUUCCCACCAUCGACUGUGCGUCCCUCUGUGGCCUGUUGGAGGGCGACGUCCCGGGCUGCCUGGUGCUGGACUGUCGCUCCUUCCUGUCCUUCAACUCGUCCCACAUUUCAGGCUCCACCAACGUGCGCUUCAGCACUAUUGUGCGAAGGAGAGCCAGGGGCGGGCUUGGACUGGAGCAUAUCGUCCCCAACGAGGACACCAGGAACCGACUCCUGUCCGGAGAGUACCAUUCCGUCGUGCUGCUGGACGACCGGAGUUCGGACUUAAGCCAGGUGAAGAAGGACGGCACGCUGAACCUUGCCAUUUCAGCCCUGUGCCGCGAUCCCUGUGGAGCCAGCGUGUUUAUGCUCAAAGGAGGAUUCGAUGCCUUUUCCUCUGAAUACCCAGAGAUGUGUACCAAACCCUCCCCACCACAGGGCCUUAGUUUGCCGCUCAGCUCCAGACAGCCUGAGAGUGCAGACCCAAACUGCAGUCCGUGCAAUACGCCUUUAUACGACCAGGGGGGUCCUGUGGAGAUCCUGCCUUUCCUGUACCUUGGCAGCGCUUACCACGCUUCCAGAAAAGACAUGCUAGACAUGUUGGGGAUCACGGCUCUAAUCAACGUCUCUGCCAACUGCCCCAACCACUUUGAGGACUCCUUUCUCUACAAGAGCAUCCCCGUUGAGGACAACCACAAGGCAGAUAUCAGCUCCUGGUUCAACGAGGCAAUUGAGUUUAUCGAUUCAGUGAGAAAUAAAGGAGGCCGCGUGUUUGUGCACUGUCAAGCAGGCAUCUCCCGCUCUGCAACCAUUUGCCUGGCCUACCUCAUGCGCACUAACCGCGUGAAGCUGGACGAGGCUUUUGAGUUUGUCAAGCAGCGCCGCAGCAUCAUUUCCCCCAACUUCAGCUUCAUGGGUCAGCUGCUCCAGUUCGAGUCCCAGGUCCUGGCCUCGUCCACUUGCUCCUCGGAGGCAGGCAGCCCUGCCAUCGGCAACAGCAGCACGGUGUUCAAUUUCCCCGUCUCCAUCCCUGUGCACACCUCAGCCGGCCAGCUCUCAUUCCUCCACAGUCCCAUCACCACCUCUCCCAGCUGCUGA